AGGUUUUGAGUCAACAGCUGUGAGUCAUCUUGGUAGUAUCGGGUUGGAUGCCUAAAGCUGCAGGAAGAAGGAUCAGGAGAACUUUCAGCUUGUUUAAAAUACUUGGGAUCCGGCAGCGAGUCGCCCGGUAGCCGACGUCACGGCGCUGGAGUCAGUUCACUGCACGGCCGCCUCCACAGCCGCCACAGCCCCUGAGACUCGGCCGGACCGCUGUCGCCGCCGCCAUGGCUCAGUACAAGGGUGCCGCGAGCGAGGCGGGCCGCGCCAUGCACCUGAUGAAGAAGCGGGAGAAGCAGCGCGAGCAGAUGGAGCAGAUGAAGCAGAGGAUCGCGGAGGAGAACAUAAUGAAAUCCAACAUCGACAAGAAGUUCUCUGCGCACUACGAUGCCGUGGAGGCGGAGCUCAAGUCCAGCACCGUGGGUCUUGUGACCCUGAACGACAUGAAGGCUAAACAGGAGGCCCUGGUGAAGGAGCGGGAGAAGCAGCUGGCCAAGAAGGAGCAGUCGAAGGAGCUGCAGCUGAAGCUGGAGAAGCUGCGAGAGAAGGAGCGCAAGAAGGAGGCCAAGCGGAAGAUCUCCAGCCUGUCCUUCAUCCUGGAGGAAGAGGACGAGGCAGGUGACGAGGAGGAGGAGGCGACUGUGGACGAUGACGAGCUGGAGAGGGAAGAGAUCACCACAAAGAAGAGGAAACUGGGGAAGAACCCAGAUGUGGACACGAGCUUCUUGCCUGACCGAGACCGGGAGGAGGAGGAGAAUCGCCUGCGGGAGGAGCUGCGGCAGGAGUGGGAAGCCAAGCAGGAGAAGAUCAAGAGCGAGGAGAUCGAGAUCACCUUCAGUUACUGGGAUGGCUCUGGGCACCGGCGUACAGUCAAGAUGAAGAAGGGCAACACGAUGCAGCAGUUCCUGCAGAAGGCCCUCGAGAUCCUGCGCAAAGACUUCAGUGAGCUCAGGUCGGCAGGGGUGGAGCAGCUCAUGUACAUCAAGGAGGACCUAAUCAUACCCCACCACCACAGCUUCUAUGACUUCAUCGUCACCAAGGCGCGAGGGAAGAGCGGGCCUCUCUUCAAUUUCGACGUUCACGAUGAUGUGCGGCUGCUCAGUGAUGCCACCGUGGAGAAGGACGAGUCGCACGCGGGCAAGGUGGUGCUGCGGAGCUGGUACGAGAAGAACAAGCACAUCUUCCCCGCCAGCCGCUGGGAGCCCUACGACCCUGAGAAGAAGUGGGACAAGUACACGAUCCGGUGAUGCGGCAGCAGCGCGGCCCCCGCCCCUUCGGCUCCCUGCGGCCCCAGGAUUCCGGGUGCCCAGCUCCCCGCUCCCGAGACGUGACGGGGCCUGCUCAGCCCCUGCCCCUGGCGCUGUUGUUUACCGCCUUUUUCUUUUACAAUAGAGAUAUACGCGUCAGAGCUGGAGCACCUGUUGUGUGUUUAAUUUGUUGUUGUUGUUGUUGUUGGAGUGUGGUUGCUUGACAAUGGUGUGUUGGUUUCUGCUUUAUGACAGGGUGAAUCAGUUACACAUAUACACAUGUUCCCAUAAAAAAAAAUACUUGGGAUCCUAGAAUACUCUGAAGCAUUUGAUUUCAGAAUUUAAAAAUGGGGUUUUGUACAAUUAGGAUAAGCUGGUAAGUUAAGAUAAAUUAAUGGAGGGAAAAAAAUUAUGAUGAAAAGUUAAUGGUGGACUAGAAGUGGUAGGCACACCACUUGACCCACAGAAUGGCUCUUUUGGGGCUCCUAUCAAAGAUCAAAUAUUAGACUAAGGAGACUUUAGUAUGACCUAGGAGGAGAGUUUUUAAAACAUCCAAAUCCUGGCCUGAGCAUUUUUAGAAGCUAAGACUUGGCUUUGGCAUCCACAGUAUGUUUCCAUUUUGAUAUUUCUGAUCCAUAUGUAUAUGUUUUGAGUUACCAGGAAUGGAAUUUGGAUUUGAGUAAUCUAUUCCUCUUCUCUGUCUGCCCCCAUCUGACUGUAGUCUACAUUUUCCAGCUGGCUAGAUGAAAAUAGAGUACAAUUUAAAGCUAACAGUCCUGUUUAGCUAUUUAACCCAUGAUCUUGGUCUCAACAGUAUGUUCUCAUACAAACUAAUCUAUGAAAAAUAUACAAAACUUGUAAGCUUUUCAAGUGUUGCUUAUUGCUGAUUAAGCUUGAGAUCUGACAGUUCCAGUGGCAGCAUCUUUUAAAAAUAAGACUAAUGCUGUAAAAACCCACAGACAAAACAGUAUUUUUUCCUACUAAAAGAGAUUUUUUUUUCGGGUGGUAUCAAACAUAACAACUGGAAUGCUGACUCCUCAAAUUGAGAGAGAGUGAGAGAAAGGAAAGCCACAUGGAGGUUAGAUAGAUAUAUAGCCAUUAACUUUAUUCUUUAUGCUCAGUAAUUAUUGAUGUGUAAUUUAUUUUUAUUGAUUUUCACUAAUAAUUGGAAUAACUCAAUCCAAAAUAUUUUAAGUUUUUCAUUUAAAUUUAUAAACAUUUUUGUGGCAGAGAAGUAUGGUAGGAUAAUUACUAAAAUAUGUUCAAGCAUGAAAACAUACAUUAAAAUAAAAUUAAGUGCAAUGGAAAUAGAGAUGUAGGGAGAAAAAAAGAUAUAAAAUUUCUGACUUAAAAAAGAGUUCUUGGGACUUCCCUCGUGGCACAGUGGAUAAGAAUCUGCCUGCCAAUGCAGGGGACACAGGUUCGAGCUGUGGCCUGGGAAGAUUCCACGUGCCGCAGAGCAGCUAAGCCCGUGUGCCACAACUACUGAGCCUGCACUCUAGAGCCCACAUGCUGCAACUACUGAAGCCUGCACACCUAGAGCCUGUGAUCCACAACAAGAGAAGCCACUGCAAUGAGAAGCCCACACACCACAAUGAAGAGUAACCCCCGCUCACCGCAACUAGAGAAAGCUUGUGCGCAGCAACAAAGACGCAACACAGCCAAAAAAAUAAAUCUUAAAAAAAAAAAUUUUAAGUUCUUCAUUUUUUUAUUAAUGGAUGAUGGUAGCUAUCAGAUUGCUAUGAUAUUUUGAUUAUAUUAUAUAUUUUUUAAAGGAUUAAUACGUU